GUAUGUAUAUAAACCUUUGUAAGAAUUUAAAAAAAAACUUUUUUAGUUCUAUAUUUUCAGAUUCAAUACCUCAACUUCAUUCAUUCGUAACGGAGGAACUAAAAAGUAUGCACUUUUUAAAUUUUUAUGAUAUGAAAAAAUUAGAACUAAAUUUUUUUUUCGAUUUUUCAAAUUCGACCACACAUCAAAAUACGGUUGUGAUGGAAGCAUUAGCUGAACAAAAUAUUCUUACAAAAAAGCUAUUAAUUCAAGAAACAGAGAGCUCAACCAUAUCGGGUGCAUUCCCCAUAAAAGACGACGACACGCUCACAGAAUUGGAUGAAGAUAUAGACGAAUCCAACACUAAAAGCUAUGUAAAUAUAGUGAAACAAAUUAUUGCCAAUAAUUUACAGAAAAACAUUGACUUGAUUUCCGAGCCGGAAUUCAUUUAUGAGUACAUCACGGACGGUAGUCAUGGAAAGAAGCGGUUGAAGGACUUCAAGCUGUAUAAAGUCGUCAAAGAUGCUGUUUCAACGUUAUAUGGUGUAGAAGAGGCUGAGGAGAAGAUUCGAAGGGCAAUCCAUCUGUCGAAAAAGCGCUAUUUGAAAAAAAUACUUAUAAGUAAACGAAACCAAAGUGACAAUUAAAGUAAUCUUAUACUGUCACUUACAAAAGAAAGCAUGGAGUGAAUUUUUUACAAUAGUUAUUGAAAUUAUAUCAAACUGUUUUACCAGAGUUUUUAAUUUUUCAUUUCGUAGGUACUCAGUUUAUAGCCCCUUUAACCUUUUUUGGUGACAGAGUUAAGCAUUUCCUUCCAUAUAAAAAAAGUUUGUAAUUGGUUAUAUGGAAGAAAAAACUCGAUCCCUCAGCAAAAAAGAAGUACUAAAAAACAACGUGAGUUUGAGCUACCUUACCUUGGACUUUUUCGUAAUGAAAUUGAAUGGGCUAUAAAACUGCGUACCUAUAAAAUUAAACA